AAAGUGCCUUAUAUAAUACUUUAAAGCUGAAAUGCAAAUAGUCAACCAUGAACUUUGUAUUUACUGUCAAGGACAAAGACUGUGAGAAAAAAACAAAUAGUUCCGUGGGGUGUAGGAAGCUGUGGGCAGUGGAUUGGUUAAUAUUUUCGUGUUGGUUAAAGAGGCUCCGGCAGUGCGGCGUUCCCGGGGAGCUGUGGGGAAUCCCGGGAUGCUCCCGAGGGAAUCCCCGAGGGACCCCAGCCCGCCCGGGAGCGGCCGCCAGGGGGCGCUGCCGCUGAGCUCCCGGGGCCGCGCUGAGCCCGGGAGCGGCGGGAGGGGGAAACGGCCCCGUCAGCCCGGCCGGGCCGAGCGGCCGCUCCCGUGUGGAACGAACAGCCCCGUCAGCCCGGCCGGGCCGAGCGGCCGCUCCCGUGUGGAACGAACAGCCCCGUCAGCCCGGCCGGGCCGAGCGGCCGCUCCCGUGUGGAACGAGCAGCUCCGUCAGCCCGGCCGGGCCGAGCGGCCGCUCCCGUGUGGAACGAGCAGCUCCGUCAGCCCGGCCGGGCCGAGCGGCCGCUCCCGUGUGGAACGAGCAGCUCCGUCAGCCCGGCCGGGCCGAGCGGCCGCUCCCGUGUGGAACGAGCAGCUCCGUCAGCCCGGCCCGGCGGGAGCGGGUUCUGCCGCCCCACUGAGGGACGCGCCCCUGGCCUGAGGCGCUGCCUGCCCGCCCUCACGGCCCGAGGCGGCCAGCGCAGACUCAAUUUCUUCCUGCUCAGUCUGAUGUGUGAAUUCCCUGACCAUGGUGUAAAGCCACUGAGAGGACAAAGACCUUGACUGAUCUUCCUUGGAGACACAUCCUUCGCCCCUCAGCUUUGACCUGUUGUCUGAAAGUUUGUCAGUUCAGGAUUAAUAGAGGGAUUCUCACUUCAGCUUGUCUGAGACCAGGACCACAAGGCCUGGGAAGGGAAGAGUGAAUGGAGAAGCUACUCGCCAGGACCUGCUUCUUCUGGUGACACCAGAAGGGUAGCUGUUCCUGCAGGCAGGCACUAAAGCAAGAGGAAAGCAGCUGGGAUGGAGCAGAAGUCAGGAAGCAGGCUGAAAUGGUGGCAGUACAGGGGUGUGUCAUGGAGGUGGCUGGAGCACAGGCAGCUCAUUGCAGCUACUGUAGUAUUUUAGGCCUCUUGCAUCCUUGGGACAUGGAGCAGGGAAAGAAAUCCUUAUGUGUUUUCUCAGAUGAGAUGCUGCUUGUGCUCUGGCUCCAGGACACUCACAUUUUUUGCCUGAAAUUACCCACAUUGUUUGAUCCUGACAACACUGGCUACAUCAGCACUGAGAAAUUCCGCUCCCUUCUCCAGAGGCACGGCUCGGAGCUGGACCCCCACAAGCUGGAGGUCCUGCUAGCCCUGGCAGACAGCAACUCUGAGGGGAGGAUCUGCUACCAGGACUUCGUCAACCUGAUGAGCAACAAAAGGUCGAACAGUUUCCGCCAAGCCAUCCUGCAGGGGAACAGGAGGCUGUGCAGCAAGGCCCUGCUGGAGGAGACGGGGCUGAGCCUCUCGCAGAGGCUGAUCCGGCACGUGGCGUACGAGACCCUCCCGCGGGAGAUCGACCGCAAGUGGUACUAUGACAGCUACACCUGCUGCCCCCCGCCCUGGUUCAUGAUCACCAUCACCAUUGUAGAGGUUGCCUUUUUUCUUUACAAUGGAGUGGUCUUAGACAGAUUUGUGCUGCAAGUCAGCCACCCCUUGUACCUGAAGAAUGCAUUACUGUACCAUCCCCAGCUUCGGGCCCAGGCUUGGAGGUACCUAACCUACAUAUUCAUGCAUGCAGGGAUAGAACAUCUUGGGCUCAAUGUUGUCCUUCAGCUCUUGGUUGGGGUUCCUCUGGAAAUGGUGCAUGGAGCUGUGAGGAUCAGUUUUGUGUACGUUGCAGGAGUUGUGGCAGGGUCCCUGGCAGUGUCAGUGGCUGACAUGAGGGCGCCGGUGGUGGGCUCCUCUGGAGGUGUGUAUGCUCUUGUGUCUGCUCACCUGGCCAAUAUUGUGAUGAACUGGUCAGGAAUGAAGUGCCAAUUCAAACUGCUGCGCAUGGCUGUUGCCUUGAUCUGUAUGAGCUUUGAAUUUGGAAGAGCCGUGUGGCUGCGAUUCCACCCCUCCGCUUACCCCCCAUGCCCCCACCCCAGCUUCAUGGCUCACCUGGGAGGGGUGAUGGUUGGAAUCACCCUUGGUGUUAUCAUCCUGAGGAACUAUGAGCAGAGACUCCAAGAUCAGACUUUAUGGUGGAUCUUCCUUUCUAUUUACGUCAUUUUUGUCUUGUUUGCCAUCUUCUGGAAUAUUUUUGCCUACAGUCUGUUGGAUCUAAAGCUACCUCCCCCUCCUUGAAAACAUGGGACAGAAAACAGGAGAGCAGAAGUCAUCUGUCAGCUGUGUUAAAUGAAUGAAGAUGGAGGAUCUAUUUUUGUAUUUAACUUGGGAGGAUGAUUCUUCUGAAUGAGUGUGCUGGAGGAGGUGCUUAAAGAUCUCAUGAAAGAAUGGGCUGAUCAGUUUGUUCACAAAUCCAGCAGGUUCUGUAACUCUGCUGGCCAUGCCCUGCAGUUUCUGCCCUGCACCUGGGCACUGACUGCUUGGGUUAUUAUCACACAUCAAUAUUUUCUAUGAGAUAUUUGUAUUUUCCAGGUCAGUGCUGGAAUUAUGGCCAGUUGUUCAGUGAAUUUCCUCUAUGUUACUGAACACUAAAAGGGAAGAAGAGCAGACAUUUACUAAUUAGAAACUCAAAUGGUACUCACAAGGCAGCUUGAGUCUGGUUUCUUUGGACACGUCUGACUGUUCAGCCAUACCAGUGCCACUGUCUAAUUACUUGAAUGGUUCCUAAUGUAUUUUAGCCUCUGCUGAAACUUGUCUUGCACAACUUUCAAAGGAAUCGGCAGAACUUGAUCACACAAAGUGAUGGAGACUGGCCUUCAACCACAGGUCAAAUGAAAUUGCACUAUAAACAUUGGGAAUCUUAGAGUGUCGUGGAUACCCAGCCAGAAGUGACUUUUCCUGUGCAUGUUUCACUUGAUUUUAAUUAAUUAUUCCCCCUUCCCCAGCCUGCUGUGGCUAGAAGGUGUGGCUGAAUUGUUGGUUUUAUUGGGGUUUUUUUUGGUUUGGUUUUUUUUUGAGGGAUGAAGGAAAGAAGGGGAAAUGUUCAUUUGUGGUUUUAUCAGACGACAAUCAGGUGCUGUUUUCUUCUCACUUUUUUUCCGAACACACUGACCUAACACCUGGCCUGCAGUGAGCUCCUAGCAAGGAUCUCAACUCUUCCAGCAGGUUCUUACUAGGAAAAUGGGACCAUGAUCACCUCCAGCAGCCCAGGGUGGGAACUCUCCAGUCUUUACAGCCAUACAAUCCAUUUGGGGCCAAGCCCACUGAAGGCAGUGGAACUAAAUCAGUUUGUAUGUAGCACUGGUUUCCCAAUGAAGUGGAGAGGGUGUUAUUUGCUACAGUGAUCAUUGUGAAAUGAAAAACUGGUUUUAAUAGGACUUCUAAAAUAUUGAGGAUGCCUCUUCCUGAGGCAAUGGAUGUUCAGGAGCCCCGGACAACAGUUAGUUGCAGUGAUGCCUUUUUCUUUAAUGUUGGUCAAGCCCAGUUCAGGUAAUCUGUAAGUGGGCUGUGGCACAGUUCACACAAUUGCCUGCACAGACCUAGGGACCACAUGGGGACAUCUGUAGCACAAGCAGAGCUUAUAGGUACUCUUCUCUAUAAGGUGCUUAUUUUGCUUGUCACUUUAGAGAGCUGCCAAAUUACAGUCCAGGAGUGUGGGUGCCCUCCUUUUCUCUGCCCUUUACCCACCUAUUCAAUGGUCUGGACAAAGCAGCCAUAAUAGUCUCUCCAGACAAGCUCUUCUCUUCCUUUUUUCUAUUUCCUGCUGGUGCCCAGGCACAGCCACCAGAGUCUUUCACAGCACAUCCCACGGGCACCAUAGCAGUUGUGUUUGCUCUGUAGAAAAAUGUCUCUCGGUGUUGUGGACUUUAUUCUCUCAGCUAUGCUAUCCAUGCUGCCAGAUGAUACCACAAGCUGGUAGGAGCCUGUCCUUCUAGAGGGGGCAUCCACAAGUGCUUAUCAGCUGCCCCCUUCUUUGCCUCUCAUGGAAAAAUAACUCUGGGUUGAAGGGUGAAGUCUUCUCCUACCAGAUGCACUCAUAAAACUUCUGUUGCCUCAGAAUGAGGGGAAUAAAAAUAAGUGUAUCUGCAGCCUGGAAUAAGCCUUACUUGCAAAAGAAACAAUUUUUGGCACCUUUGUGCCCAGAAAUGAGAUUUCUGAGGGCGAUUGCACUUUUGUUGUUCUGCAUGGUCAGUACAUUGCUCAUGGGCCCUCAUUGAGGACCAAGAGGAAGGGAUAAGGGCCAGAGCUCUGAUCAUUUUGGAGAAGAGAUCGGUUCCCUGAGCCAUUUUACCUCUGCAGUUUAGGUCCAGAUCCCAGCAGUCACAAGAGUUCCCAUGGAUUGUUGCAGGUGCUGGCCCAGUGAGUGUCGCAGCCGUGGGAUCCCCCUGGGAGCAGGCAGGAAGGAGAGUGGGAGCUAGGGGAGUUCUG